UUUUUAUCUACAUUAUUCCAGCUGGCUUUUUUGUUUCUGAACUAAACAUCUGUAAGCAGAAUGGCAACAGUUACAUUUUUUCUCCUCUGCAGCUUUAUUGUGCUUUCUGCUCAGGGUGAGGUGACUGUAAAGGACGACAGGACCUGGAUAAGGGUGAAGAUCUCUGAUAACGUUGUCCUGAAGUGCUGCUACGAAGACACUGAUGAACCAAGUCAGGUCAAAUUAACUUGGGUCAAUGUAGUUAAAGCUGCCAACAACACCUAUGCUAAACAGCUUGUGGAGCGUUCACAUGUGAUUAAGGAUAAAAAAGAUGAUAAGUUUAGUAAGGAGGUUUGUGGUACUCUAGAAUUUACAUCAGUCCGGCUGAAUGAUACUGGGCUGUACCAGUGUCGUCUGGAUGGCAGUAGGGUAUACCACACACAUGGCACCUACCUACAGGUCUACAAGCCAAUUGAGAAGACUAUAAACCUCAGUGAAAGAACCAAAAAUAGGAUCCUGACUGCUGAAGGAAUCCUACUUUUACUGUGUGUCCUGGUGCCUUCUGCCACUCUUCUCCAAAAGUCAAAGAAAUUAUAUCAACUGGAGAAGAAGAAAGUGAAUAAGGAAGAGGAAAACAUAUAUCAGGGGCUAAAUCUGGAUGACUGUUGCAACACAACAUAUGAUCAGAUAGAGCGCUCCCAGGCACAAGGCCCCUACCAGGAUGUGGGAAACAUUAUGGAGGAGGCCGAAAUCCAGCUGGAGAAGCCUUAAAUGGUAGAGGAAAGGGUUGAGUCUAAUUUUAGAGCUUAAGUGUGUGAUAUUUUAAUAUAAGAUUAAUUCUUUACCACACACAUUUUAAUUUGCAUAUAGCCUGCAGUCAUAGUUUUAGUAUUUGACAACAUAUUGUUUCUUUUCUUCUUUCUUUAAUUUGAGAUUGUAAAAUGUUUUGAUCUUGGUAUUGCAGCUGACAAAACAGCCUUGCCACUAGCAGCUCCACUCCAGACAAUUUUGCAGAGGCCUGAAAAUUCUGUAAAAAUGUCUAUUAAGUUUGGAUAUUUUCCAUGUUUAAUACAUUUAACUGUUCUGUUAUAUUCUUUGUUAUUUUUUUGUGAUUUUUAAAACAGUUCUGUUGUGUACUCCAACAUUUCUUCACUUUUAUAAAUAAAUAUUGGUAUCUGUCUUUCUAAAAAUGAUAUGUGUAACCUUAAAUGAAUAUAAAAUGCUCACCAAAUGCAAUCAAUAACAGUUAUAGUCCUGCACUCAGUAGUUAUCCUAAACUUUCUAUCAUGUCAAAUGAUCUUCUUUAGCAGAUGGGAACUGAAUUUCAACUUUUAACCUAACGUGGAGAAACCACAAGGUUCCUCCAUCUGCUGAGGAAGAUUGUGUAAUAGGAAUGAAAGCUCUGGGACAGCAUCUGUUGUAACAUUGUUUUGUCAUCAGUUUCUUUAAGGUGUAUUUUUAUUAGUUGUGUUUGUUUAAUUUACUGAAUAACCUUCUGCUGUUUCACAAUGUAUUUGCUUUGUGUGCUCAAAGAAUAAAGC